AUGAGGAUUAGGCGGAGCGUGAAUAUUAGCAACGGCAGUGUCUUUCAUCUGGUGCUCGUCACUAUGGCAGCGCUCGUACGACAGGUCAUUACGGAGGACUGUGGACAGGAGGAGCUGGUACAGUGCACGAGACCCCUGCAGGUCCUGUCUGCCACAUCGGAGCUGUCGUUCGUGACCAAGAAAGAGGAGCUGGAUAAACUUUGCCCCGAUCUUCACAAAGGACUGCACUGUAUACGAAGCUACACCCGACGCUGCAUGAAUAUUCAUCAGCGGGACCACUUCAACAAACUCUACCACGGCACUAAUGAAGUGAUACACGAGCUCUGCGAGGAAGGCCCAUAUCAGGAAGACUUUCUUAGACAUGCACCGUGCAUGCGGCAUGUGAAAAAAGACUACGAGGUGUGUGCGGCCCGGUACCAGAGCACCAUGGCGAAGAUAGGCCAAACGGUCGCCACCACCACCACGACGACGGUCGCAUCCUCCGCCUAUCCGACAAUGGCCACACAUCCGGCCGCCGUACUGAGCAGCGGCGGCGGGCAAUACCACAGCGGUGACAUGAGUCAGCAUCAGCACCAUCACAGACAGCAGCACGAGCAUCCGGCCCGCAGCCAUCCCAACAGCACCAAGUCGAUCGAGGAUGCGGAGGAGGAACGGCUUAAAACGGUUUGCUGUGCCUUCCAGAAGUACAUGCAGUGCUCGGAGUUUACGGUGCGGCAUGCCUGCGGCGACGAGACGGCGCUUUUCACGCGCAAAUUCCUCGACAAGAUGUCCAACACGCUGAUGCGGAUGCACUGCGUCGAUUACACGCCGGAAAGUGGCAAAUGCCGGGAUUACUUCAGCUCAAGCGCCACCCGGUCCGGUUUAGUGUGGUGGAGUUCAUCAAAUAUGGUCACACUCGCCAUCGUGACGGUGCUUGCGGUUGCAAAUGCGCGGAUGCUACAACCGUACCCGGGCGAAUGGCUGGGAACGUUUAUUUAA